AUGGCUGAAGGGCAACCCUCCUCCAUUAUUGUACCCAAAUACUUGCAAGAAGAUGAACUAAGCGAAGAUGUUAGGGAUUUGAUAUCAACCUUACCAACCGAUAAAGGUUGGUUUGUAAACACCAUCUACCAAUACCAAGGAUUUUGGCAUGUCCCUAGGCAAUUGCAAGGACUCUUAAAUUGUCAAAAACACUUCAAAGCCCAAGACACUGAUAUUCUCCUUGCAACUCAACCAAAAUCAGGCACCACUUGGCUCAAGGCAUUAACAUUUUCCUUGAUCAACCGCAAAACCAAAUACCCUAUAACCCUAAACCAUGAUCACCCUUUAUUCUCUAACAAUCCUCAUGCUCUUGUACCCUUUUUGGAGUUUGACCUUUUUCAUGUCAAAGAUGUAGUUCCGGAUCUAAGCUUGUUCUCUUCUCCGAGGCUUUUCGCUACUCACCUUCCUUAUGUCUCAUUGCCGGAAUCAGUGAAGGAUUCUGACUGUAAAAUAGUGUAUCUUUGCAGGGAUCCGAAAGACACUUUCAUUUCGCUUUGGCAUUUUUCUAAUUCCUUAAGAUUAUUCAAAGGGACGAAUCCCCUUAAAGAUUCCUUUGAUCAGUUUUGUAGAGGAAUCAAUGUUGGUGGACCCUUUUGGGACCAUAUAUUGAGCUAUUGGAAGGAGAGCUUGUUGAGCUUGGAGAAGCCAAAGAAGAAGGUAAUGUUUUUGAGAUAUGAAGAAUUGAAAAUGAAUACUAGUUUUAUUUUGAAGAAUCUAGCUGAGUUUUUAGGGUGUCCUUUUUCCAAAGAGGAGGAAGAUCAAGGGUUGGUGGAUGAUAUCUUGAAGCUAUGUAGCUUUGAGAACUUGAAGAAUUUGGAAGUGAAUAAAAAUGGUAAAAGGCCAUCUGGAAUUGCAAACAAAGCUUACUUCCGUCGUGGUGAAAUUGGAGAUUGGAAAAAUCAUCUCACCCAUGAAAUGGUUGACCAAUUGAAUACUAUUGUUGAAAACAAAAUGGGUAAUUUUGGGUUUAAAUUUUAG